GAGCUUCCUUUGCUCAAAGCAUAUCCGGAGGUCUCAGUACCGCGGUGGCUGUGUUUUGCCAUGAAUUACCACAUGAGCUGGGCGAUUUCGCGGUACUUCUAAAGACUGGUAUGCGUAUCAAGGAGGCUUUGUUCUUCAACAUUGUCUCAUCUAUUCUAUCCCUGUUUGGAAUGUUCGCUGGAAUCGCCCUCGGCAACGUGGCUUCCGCUAGCCAAUGGAUAUUUGCUGUCACAGCCGGCACAUUCAUCUACAUCGCCCUGGUUGAUAUGCUUCCUGAGUUGAGCGGCGCAGAGUUGCGUCCCGGUCAGACGAGGAUUGGACAAGUGGUUCUGCAAAGCACUGGGCUAUUCACUGGAGUCGGGAUUAUGCUGUGUAUUGCGCUUUUUGAAGAGAAGAUCAAGUUAUUUGUAGACUGA